AACUAGCGCGGAAUUCGGAAGACGUACACGCAGCAGUGGCGGGAGAGGCAUAAAACAAUUUUAAAUCGUGAAAAGAAACUAAGAGAAAUUAGAGGAAGACUUCGGGAUGGAUGAGUUUGGAGUUUAUGCUAUUUUUGGCCUAAACGGGCCGCCUCAAAGGCUGUUGAGAGCGGAGGGGUCGCGCAGAGUUUCUGCUGCAGUUCCACCAUCUGCCCGACAGGUGGUGCUGUUCAGCAGCGGGCCGUGGGGUGACAGCCUCUGCGUCAGCGCGGAGCUCACUGACGCACAUCAGGUCCCCAUCACCAUUGGAAAACUGACCCCUUAUAAUAAGUGUCUCUCAUGGGAGCAGUGGGAGGAGGAGACCUGGACAGACGGCGUCGUGCUGCAUGUCUCACUCGAGGGAGGAAACAUGACAAACUCGGAACCAGAAGUGAUCGUAGCUGUGAACGAAUACACACCAAAGAACACGCCGGCUCCCCUCGCAGACCGAGAGCUCGGCGGCAAGAGAAAGAGAGGGCGGGCGUCCGAGGAAGACCCCGACGGCGGCGGUGAGACGAGAGGAGAGGAAAACAUUUGCCCCAACGGCGUCAAGGAGAAGGCGACCCCUUCGCGAAAGGCCAAAGGUCAAGCCAAAAGCUGCCAGAAGCUGUUCGACAACAGAUCAAAGACAGCAGCUAAUGAGCCGAGAGAGACGCCGGCGAUCGUGGGAGGAACGCCUCCUCAGGCCGGAGCCCGGGUGAAGAGUCGCCAGGCCAGGACGCCCACGCAGACAUCCUCCCCGGUCAGCCCGUCGGGACGCUGGGGUCAGACUUUAUGUCCCAUCGAUGCUCAGACGGCCAUUUUAAUCGGCGGCCAGGGAGCCAGGAUGCAGUUCUGCAAGGACCCCAUGUGGAAGCUGCGCAUAGAGGACAUGUCCUGGGUGGCUGCGGAGACGCUGGCGGAGGGUCCCACCCCCGAGGCCAGGAUCGGCCACUCGGCCGUCUUCGACCCCGACUCCAGGCGGAUCUUUGUGUUCGGAGGCUCCAAGAACAGGAAGUGGUUCAACGACGUGCACAUCCUGGACACGCAGAGCUGGAGGUGGACCAUGGUGGAGGCCCAGGGGAAGGUUCCUCCUCUGGCCUACCACAGCUGCAGCAUGUUCCGGGGGGAGCUGUUCGUGCUCGGCGGCGUGUUUCCCCGGCCCAACCCGGAGCCCGACGGCUGCAGCGACUCGCUCUACAUCUUCGACCCCCACCUGUCCAUCUGGUACCAGCCCAUCCUGACGGGAGACAAACCCUCGCCCCGCUCUGGCCACUCAGCCUGCGUGAUCCAGGAGCGCUACAUCUACGUGUUCGGAGGCUGGGACACGCCCGUCUGCUACAACGACAUGUACAAGCUGGACCUCGGUCUGAUGGAGUUUUCUGCGGUGAAAACGUCGGGAAAAGCCCCGUCUCCACGAAGCUGGCAUGGCUGCGCUGCGCUCUCAGAGACCAAGUUCCUGAUCCACGGCGGCUACAACGGGAACAACGCCCUCAGUGACGCCUUCGUUUUUGACACAGACACCAACAGCUGGACCGAGCUGAAGCUCCCUCAGCUCGCCGUCCCCAGGGCGGGGCACUCCAUCAUCGCCAUGGAGACGCCGGCCCGCCACGGCGAGGAGUCGACGGAGCCCGUCAGAAGAACUCUGCUGGUGUUCGGAGGAGGAGACAACGAGGGAGCCUUCUUCUCCGACCUGACGAGCGUUUCCGUCGAGGAGCUGCUGGAGGCGGCGUGAGCGGCGGGCCGGCGCCUCGUGGCUCGACAUUGUUUUGGUUUUUAAAUACGCGCAGCUUGAGGCGUGUAUUUUAUGAGGUCAAAACGACAUCUCGUUUUCACGUCUGUCCGUCAUGCACAAAACAAGCAGCAUUAAGAGCCAAACUGCUGCUUUUGUUUUAAAAAAAAAAAAUCAUUUAUUAAGCUUUUGUAAGUUCAGUGGCGUUGGUUUCAAGCACCAGGAAACAUUUCUUGCUAAGAAAUAAUUUUGUAUAUAUGUUUAAAGCUUAUUCCCUCAGGAAAACUUUUGUUUUUAUUUUUGCUUUUCUUGUCUUUUUUUUUUUCCUUUUUUUAAUAAUGGUGAUAAAAACACGUCAUCUUUUCAGUGAUCAUCCUUUUAAACUCUGUUAUAUCAGGUUCAGCUACUCCUCUGUUAACGACUUAAUAAAGGUUUAUCGUUUUGAUUUUGACCU